UCCCAACAAUAUCUUCUAUCCGAAAAAUCAGGUCUGUUUCCCUUCCCCUUCCCCUUCCCUUCCGUUCUCUAUCCCUCUCGUCUCCGGCGGCCCUAUCUCCCUCCCCCACCGCGCGAUGGCUCCCUCCACAGCUCUCGCUCCGGUGGCCUUCAGGUCCUUCUCGCCGCUGCUCUCGUCGAAUACUAGUUGUAAUAGAAGAAACAUUGAGGGUGCUCUCUGUUUGUCAUGUUCCACAAGGAAAAGAGGAAGUUACAGAUCUUUCCGUGUGUACAGUUUAUUUGGAGGGAAGAAGGAUAAAGAUGAGAAUGGUGAUGAGGCACCAUCAAAAGCAGGAAUUUUCGGAAACAUGCAAAAUCUCUAUGAAACUGUUAAGAAGGCCCAAAUGGUUGUCCAAGUUGAGGCUGUCCGGGUGCAGAAGGAGCUUGCAGCGACUGAGAUCGACGGUUAUUGUGAAGGUGAACUAGUCAAGGUAACACUUUCUGGAAACCAGCAACCUAUAAGAAUUGAAAUUACAGAAGCUGCAAUGGAGUUGGGUGCCGAGAAACUUUCCGAGUUGGUCAAUGAUGCGUACACGGAUGCACAUCAGAGUAGUGUCCAGGCUAUGAAAGAGAGGAUGGCUGACUUGGCACAGAGCUUAGGAAUGCCUGCCGGCCUCGGUGAUGGUCCCAAGUGAUGUGAUUCGUGAAACUUUCCAAUAAAAAGUGUCAAUUUUGUAUACUAGCUGUGUGAGUCAACAGUUUUACCGCUCUGCGACUUCUUGUGGCUGCGUAUGAACUGUAUUUCUGAGCUCUUAUUAUUGAGAAAAAUAUGAAUUUUAAUGUU